AUGAGUUGCAAUGGCUGCCGUGUUUUACGCAAGGGUUGCGGCGAAAACUGCGUGCUAAAAUCGUGUUUAGAGGGGAUCCAAUCACCUGUUGCACAAGGGCAUGCCACACUCUUCCUUUCCAAGUUCUUUGGUCGUAGCGAUCUUCUCAGUUUGAUCUCUGCCGUUCCCCCUGGCCACCAACGUACUUCAUUGUUCCAAUCACUACUCUAUGAAGCGGCUGGACGAACAUUGAACCCGGUGAAUGGUGCUAUGGGACUCCUUUCCACUGGAAACUGGCACCUAUGCGAGGCCGCCGUACAGACAGUGCUUGAUGGAGGUUCCCCGGAACCUCUUGACGAUGAAAAUUUGAUCCCAAAAUUUGAUGAAAGUUCAAAUACUUUUCAAGCUAAUGGCGCGUGGGGGAGGAUGUUAAUAAGCAAUGAUGACGAGAACUUUCCUUCCAUUCCGGUUUACGAUGAUGUGGCGGAGUUGGGUGUGACUUGCCGCCAUGGUGAUGGUGAAGAGCCGAAGUUGUUAGACUUAUUUAGAUAG